AGGCCGGUAAGGCAGCAACCUGGAUCAGCAAAUCUGGAAUAUGAUUUGAGCAAAUGCUUACGACUGUUUUUCAUCAAUCAUAUAGGAAAGACCGCGCCGCGUCUCAUUCAUGAUGUCCAGCUGUAUGACGCAGUACACGAACCAGACACAGGCCGUAAUCUCCUCUCAGAAACUCCGCCCAUUUACCCAGAAGGCUACAACGGCCCACCCGGAUUCAUAUCACCGGAGGCAUGUCGACACAACUAUGUUUUGAAAGAAGACCAGACCUUCAUGUCUGAGCCAGAGCACCGGAGAAGGCCAGGCACAUCGUCCAAGGUCUCAGCCAUAUGCGCAAAGUGCCGUUAUCAUCUCCAAGUGGUGGUCAACUACACCAGCCACAUAAGCACAUUCAGUCAGAAACAAGGGAAACACUUGCAUCAUUUGGUCUAUCAAUCAGGACGGCAGAAGAAUGGCCUUGGGUUUCCUGAAGAAACUCCUAAAGGGCAGGUUGCGGAGACGUACCACUACCAAUGCUCCUACAUCUCAUGCUCGGCUAUGGUAUCUUUGCGGAUUCUUUCACCAAUUCUGAGACCGGAAUCCAUCCGCUUGUUGACCGAUAAAGACUUGUUGCGGAAACGAGCUGAAGAGGCCACUGCAGCGUAUGCUGAGUCCAUGGAAGGCAUGGGUGAUCCGCAGCCGAUCAACGUAUUGGAUAACCUGCGCCUGUACAUUACCAACGCCCUACGAAAUCCACAGCGCAGCAAGCCCAUCUCCUCCGUCAAUAAGAGAUUCAUGCAUUCUUUCGGCGUGGAAGGUGCUGCUUGUAAAGAAUUACUUGAAUUUCUAGAAUUCAUGUACAAUAAGGACACCGGGGCAUGGCACCCGCCUAAACCGACCACUAACGCCGAAAAGCCUUACCAAGACACGAUGCGUCUCUUUCUCGACGACUUGCUGCAUGAGUUGCUAGUCCUGAUACAUCUAAGAUCAGUCUCGGAAAGAAAAGGAUUCCAGAUUCCCAAUCUUCCUUCCUCCGCCAUCCCCAUUAUUUCCUGCGCUCUAGAAGCGCAAGACUGUUCGUACACCGUGACCCUUACCCCUAACAAAUCUAAACUAAUUUCUGCUCCAGAUCCGGAAGCUAUGCGUUACAAGGAAUUCGAGAUGCCUCAUGCUCCUUUUUAUGAAGACUUGGGGGUGAUGGAGGAUAUGUCGUCGUCAGCUGUGGUCGAAGCAUACGAUCGACAGGUCUUAACCGAUCCUGGCAGGACCCCGAUGUACUUGUCUGCCCUCAAGGCUAUCGGCUGUCUUCGUGGUGGUCAGGACAAGGAAGUCAUUGACAUAGCUGUCCAGGCAGCUUAUGAACAAGGAAAGUACGCCGUUGAGGACGUUGUCGGCGCGUAUCAGUACUUUAAUCUCCACUUCGAUGAUCCAAAUCUCACGGAAGACAGCAUCAUUGGCAAAUUCUACGCCUUCGUCAGCUCGACGACGCAAGAUACUGAGGCACGUCAGCAGUUGUGGCGGAUUGGCGACUCCAGGGGAAGCUCGCGCAUCAAAGCGGCAUCAGAAGAUCGUGUUUCUACUGUUGAACAAGCGAAUGUCUUCUUGGGGGUCGAGAAUCAGACCCCCGAUGAUUUUGUCAUGACUAUGUACACCGCAAAGGUCAAUGACAAUCCACUUACCAAAGAACUGGCGAAACGCGCCGUGGCACUCAUCGCCGAGUCCCGAAAAUCGGUCGCACUGAAUCAUUUCAUCAAUACUGGAGAAAUGAUCGCGGGUGAAAUGGACAUUGGUGAUGCCUACCGUCUACUCCAAAUACCCGAUCGAACUGUUGAUGAUGGAGCAAUCAUAGCCGCAUAUACAAUCUGCGUCGAUGAAAAACCCAGGGGAUGCCGAAAAAUACAAUCAGGCACUGACAAUCAUUGCCAAACAACUGGACAGCUCAACGUUGAGGAAUAUGGCAGCCUGUUGCAGUUUUAUUUCUCCGUCCGUCCCUUCCGUGAAUUGGUCUUGGAUUAUGAACGCUUCCAAAUGGAUCUCAAUGACGAGGAAAGCCUCGCAAAGAAACAAGUGGGCUCGCGAAAGGUGACGAAGAAGGAGGUUGAGCGAUCUCAGCGAUCCCAAGCAAUGAGGCGGCGAUACGUCGUCGGUCGACGAUCACUGCCACUGAGACCCGAGAUUCUCGGUGAUAUCAACGGUGCUCCUAUUCUGGGACCCCUUGGGCCUCCACAGACCCUCCUCGGGGGUCGUAUGGAGCCAGUCUCAUCAUCUAGUCAAGCUGAUCCCGCACCUAUUCAAAACUCGACCGUGAGCGAUGACGGCAGCGAUGCAACAGAACAACCCCCCGACUUGGACCAGCUGUCGGAUCAAGCAGAGGCAGGAUCUCCCCAGGACAUGAAUAUCGACACAGACAACAUUGCAUCGGCCAAUGUACCCCCUGCCCUCCCUCCUCGGAACGUCCCGCAAGUUGAUCGGGAAAAGCAAUUGAAGGAGGAAGUAGAAAUUGGUGCCCAACAGGAUGUGACAGAAGUCAUCAACAAUGUUCUGUUCCAGAGCCAGUGCGCCAUCCAGCCUCGAGAGAUUGGCGAUGACGGUGAGCAGCUUGACCAGGUCAAGGACUUGUUCUACGGCCAGACCCGCUCUUACAUCUCCACCGAGAAAGGCACACGUUCGAAGAACGAACGGUGGUGUGAUAUCAAGGUUGAUGUUGCUCACGGAUCUCGAAACAUCUAUGAUGCCAUUGAUGGGGCAUUUGAUAUUCAAAAGAUUAGUGUGGACAACUCUGUGGCUGAGCAAUUCGCUUCCAUUAGCCAGCUUCCCCCUGUUCUCCAGAUCCAGGUGCAACGGGUCCAGUUUGAUCCUGUGAAGAAAUGCUCGUUCAAAUCUACAAACCAUCUUGGGUUGCUUGAAACUAUCUACAUGGAUCGAUACAUGGAUACCAAGAAUCCCAAUAUUGUGGAUCGACGAAAUCAAUGCUGGGAGUGGAAGGCAUCUCUGAAAAGGCUCGAGGCUCGUCGGGAAGAGCUUCUCAGAACAAAGGAGGGUGCGGGCGUCGACGUGGCAACAUUGUUCCGUAGAGCCAAGACCGCGCUACAAGAUGUAGACUCUAUCGAAAGCGACACCGAGACCGGAAUGGGAUCUGAUUCCAUGGACGCGGUGGCUAGUACAGAGUUACUGGACAAACUCGAGUGCCUUGCCAAUAAAGCAGAGACCGACCUGCAAGCUGUCGACCAAGAAAUCAAGGAUACGCAGACCAUGAUUUCCAGCCAAUUUGCCGAUUUCCAUCAACUCCCAUAUCGACUGUACGCUGUUUUUGUGCAUCAUGGGUCAGUCUCAUUUGGCCAUUACUACAUCUACAUCUUCGACUUUGACAAGAAUAUAUGGCGCAAAUACAACGACGAGUACGUCACCGAGGUCCAGAAUGUGGAUGAGAUCUUCAAAAACGACUCGACCAACAACCCUCCGACCCCAUACUUCCUUGUUUAUGUCAACGAUAGCAUGAAAGACCGUCUGGCAAACCCCGUCUGCCGUGUGAUAUCCGACAACAUGUCCGAACUUCCCGAUCUGGAACCAGCCAUCACCAUGGAGGGUGUUCAGGCCACUAGCCCUGCGCCGGACGUGAAUAUGGAACCUCCAUCCUACGAGGAAGCGUCGGCCAUCAAUGGAACUCCAGGUACGGAAAACAUAAAAUCCGACACGGAGACCACAACAUGGCCCCGUCCUCGUCCUGCGACUGACUCGGAGCAGUAUUGGUAG